AUGAUUUCAUUCUUUAGAAUUACUAAACAUCAAUUAAGUGAUUCGUAUUCUAUUAUAUUUGCAGGAAAUUAUUUAUCAAGAGUUGGACCAGCACUUGCAAUGAAUUUUAUCCAUAUGAUUAAUUUUACAUCUAAUCAAUAUUCAAAUAUUCAAACACAAACUGCAUUCCAAAUAGUCAAUAAAGGAAUGGAAAAAGUUCCAUUCUUUGGAAGAAAUAGUUUUAAUGACACAUUCCCAAUGUGUAUAUUUUGUAUUAUGGUAUUAAGUGCAUUAUUCAUUGGGAUUGAUUAUAGAAAAGUCUUUAAUUUUGUUGUUGGUCUCUUAAACUAUAUCUUUUCUUGUGUUGAUGGUAUUGGAAUUGAUGAAAUUAUUUAUACGUCAGAAAACGAAUCUUAUAAAAAAGGUGUUUUAUUAAUUAAAAAGAGAUUAUUAGAUGACUCUAAAAAUCUUCCUGAAAGUGAGUCUAAACGUAAUUAUAGAAAAAGUGUUAUGUCAAUCCAUUGGAGAGUGAAUAAAAAUGGUUAUGAGCUUCAUAAUGAUGAUGAAGAAUUAGUAUAA